AUGGAAGAUUGCGUCACCAUUGGCACUUCUGGAGCUAAACGUCGUGUAUGUGAAGCUAAACACGGUAUUUAUGAAUAUGUAGAAGAACAACAAACUUUUUCUACAUCUUGUGAGCAUAAAAUGGUGUUUCCUAUCAGUCUAAAAGGCUGGUUAUGGCGUCGUGAAGGGCGUGGUAUUUUUCAUUAUUAUCGUCGUCGUUUUUGUGUAUUUCAGGCACAACAGGCGCAGUUUUAUGUUUAUUCCAAUGACGAGCACGACACAUUGUUACGCCAUAUGAAACUCGCAAGAGUGACACUCACAAAUCGUGCCGAGAACAGUUUAUUGAUACAAGGAUAUGUGCAAGACGAGAAGGAGAGAGUGGACAUUAAAGGUCAAAUAGAUGACGUGACGAGAGAUAUCGUACUGGAAGAACAAGAUGAUGAUGUUGUAUACAAGUUGAAAGAGGAGAAAUUCAAAGCUGUAUCAGCAAAGGCCUGUAGUGUCUGGAUUCAUUGUUUCAAGUAUCAUAUGAAGAGCUACGCAUUUCGUAGACAAAAGAUAAAGCAAGAGAAACAAGGCGAAGAGAAUGGUGGAAGCAUGGAGAGGAUGAUUGAAGAAAACAUUUUGCAGGAGAUGAUUAUGGAUCCAGACUUUGUGUUUGAGGACGCGACAAAGAGUAAAAGACGGCCGACACGUUCUGUAAGCAGCUAUUGGGGAUCAUUUGGAAGUGGAUUGUUUUCGACCUCAAGACCAAGAAGCAAAAGCAAACAAGAAGAUGUGAGGAAAACAGAGAGCUUGGACCGUAGCGUCUGUGAAGCACGAAAACUGGUAUCACACCAAGUUCCGUGUGAUCAGGAUAUUGUCACCAAUAGAUUGACGGUAGAAGAAGAAGUGGCAAGGACGAUUGCGGCAAAAAGCUUGCAGAAGUUCGAAGAAAAGCCAGUAGAAAAGCAAGCGUCUGUUUUGAUAUCGGACCUCCCGUGUGUUUCGUCUAUCUGGGAAGACGAAGAACUGUUGUCACACUGUGUCGAUUUUGAUGCGAUCAUUAAAAAAGAAAAGCUGACGGCUGGCGCGUGUGGCGAAGUAUGGCGAGCCAUAUAUCGUUCGCAGGAGGUCGUGAUAAAGGGUUUGGUGGAACGAGUCAUGGCCAGUGCCAAAUCGCCAACCUCUUUCAGUGGGAGUGAUAUUAGUGCUGUUUAUCGCCGCCGUUGCGCUAUUUUGGAUUUUAUAGAGGAGAUACGCAUCAUGUCAAGGCUAGAGCAUCAUCGAAUUGUCGAGUUUCGUGGUGUAGCUUUGAGCUAUGAGAGAGAUAUUUUUCUGGUCAUGGAGUACUUGCCGCGAGGCGACCUUAAAACAUUUCUUGGCGCCAUGAGACGCAAGUGUGACAAUUCUAUGGGGCUAAACAGUGGAUUUCAAAGCGUUUGGACGUGGACACGACACCAAUGGCGUUUGGCUAUUGACAUCAUCGAAGGGCUUGUGUAUCUCCACUCGCUUAGCCCGUCCCUGGUACAUGGCGACAUCAAGUCAGCUAAUGUUUUGCUGCGUGACAAUGUUCGCGCAAAAUUGGCCGACUUUGGUCUUUCGCGCUACCUUUCGUCCGACGAGGACAAAGAUGCGAAUUUGGCAGGAAAAGGCACGAGCAGUGCUAAAAUGUCCGACUAUGGCACUCGAGCUUAUGGCACUGGACGCUGGAUGGCUCCAGAAUUGAUUAAAUGUGGAGCACAGACGUCUAUUGCGUCUGAUGUGUAUGCUUUUGGAAUCGUCUUGUCCGAGAUUGACACUUGUGAGCUGCCAUUUCAUGAACGAGAGAAGGCGGGAACUCGUUCUUCUUUUACAAGUACGAACGAAAGCACAAACAAUGACAGCAAUGUGCGAUCAAUGAACGAAAGCACCUUAGUGCAUCGUAUUGUAACCAACGGUUGGAAGCCUUCAUUUCGCGUGACAUGCCCGGAUGCUAUCAAAAAGCUUGCUCAUGAUUGUGUCUUACCGGAUCCAAGCAAACGUCCGACGUCACUUGCAGUCGCACAUCGAUUACGUCAAGCUGCAAUGAAACGUGAACGACCUGAGACUCUUGCUGCACAGGCUAAAGCCAUUACAUCACUUCAUAUUCACUGA